AUGCUAAGACUAAGAAGCAUUGGUCUAGGGAUGAAACUAUCCAGAGCUCACAUGUUUAGAAGAUGUUAUUCAGGUGCUAGGAACGUCAAUGGUAAAAGAACCAUGAAAGACUUGGUCAAAGAAUAUGGUUACAGUGCAUUGGGUAUUUAUUUAGGGCUUUCAAUGAUUGAUUUGCCUUUACUUUAUUUGGCAGUUCAUUCAAUGGGAAAAGAGAAGAUUGAGACAUAUGAAAACACUUUGAAGAACACUUUUGGUUACGGAGUGACUCCUGAAGAGUUGGAAGCCAAACAAGCAGAAAGAAGAGCAAAAGAAAAACUUGAGUCGGAGUCAAACACUGCGUCGGAGUCAGCAUCGUCUGAGUCUUCGAGUAUAUGGAAAACUAUCUAUGAUCAAUUUUCUUUGAGUGAGUUCAUUAUAGCUUAUGGUAUUCACAAAUCAUUGAUCUUCAUUCGACUCCCGGUCACUGCAGCUAUUACUCCAGGAAUUGUUAAAGUGUUGAGAGGUUGGGGCUUUAAGAUUGGGUCUCAAUCCGUUACGCAAACGGCUCAAGUGGCUAAAGACACAAUUAAAGACUUUACUGCUUCUAAUCCAAAAUUCGGUACUCGUCCGGGUAAACGGAAGUGGUGGUGGUUCUUUUAG